GCCUGCGCAGGCGCGCGGCCGGGCGCUAGGACCCGGCGGGCCGGCGCCGCGCUCGCGGACGCCGCGCGGCUCUCGCGGUGUUUGUGUUUGAACGGCUUGGCGGGUGGCGGCCAUGGCGGCGUCGCUCCCGCGACCUGCGUGCCGCCUCUUUCGAACGUAUGGAGGGGCGGGUGGCCGGGAGCCGCGGCGGCUGCCGGGCCGGACGGCGGCGCAGUGGUUCCGGCCGAACGGCCGCGGCUUUCUCUUCAGCAGCAGCAGCGGCAACGACACCAGCGGCAGCGGCUCCUCGCCGUCCGGCGGUGCGGACGAUCUCGACGCGGACCCCGACUUCCUCGGCAGCCCGGUGAGAGCACGGCGGCGCAGGCGAGCUGGCGGCCGCGGCGCCAAGGACACGCCGAGCCCCGCUGCCACCCCCCAGCGCGCGAGGCUGCGAGCCCGGCCGCCGCAGAAUUGCAGCACCCCCUGCGGCCCGCACCGACUGCCGCCCUUCCCCGGCCCGGACCUCGGCGACUGCGGACAGCCCCCGGACGGCAGCGAGCUGGGCACCAGUACCUCCCUGUUCAGCUUGCCGGCCUCUCCGGGCCCGCGCCGUGGAUCGCCAGCGCUAGGAGAGAGUGUCAGGAUGGUCACGACCCCUUCCACCACGCUGGACGCAGCCUCCGACGUUCCCAGAGUCCCAGCGGCCACUGUGGACCUGUCGUCACCUCUCCCCUGCCCCCUGGAAUCCAGGUUGGACCACCAAACCAGUGGCAGCCUCAGGUCAGCUCUCUUUGAUUCCAGGGACUCGGAAGAAGACACUGCGGAUUCUGAGUUGCGCCCCCAGCGGAAGACUGGGAGGGGCUCCGGUUGGAGAAGACAGCCGUCACGCAAGAGGUUGAAAAGCCCCCGUUUAUCAAGCCACUGUAAGAAAAGGGCCAAGGGCCCCGCACCCUGUCCAAAGGAGGACUCUCAGGGGGCUGCCCUAAGAGACUGUGAGGAGCUCAGGGGUCGCAGGAACUGCACUGUACCUGUGGAAAGCAACAGGCCUCGAAGAAAUGGGUCCUGCCGGAAAAGGAAACAGGAGACCAUGGCAACCUCACCGCCUCUGCACUGCCAGCAGCUUGAACAAGGUAUGGAAAAGGAGGCCCGCUCCACCCAGGACCUCACUCCUUUGCAGAAUGCUUGCUCAUGGGUCAAAACUCGGGCGUCCUUCAGUUUCCACAAGAAGAAGAUUGUGACUGCCACCUCUGAAGUGUGCAGCAGCAGUACUGCUGCCAAUUGUUCUUCUAACACCCUCCUGUCAGAAUUCUCCAACCCUCCUGUCUCAAGUGGAAGAAGUAGUGCUCUGGCCUCUUGGCGCUCCUCUUCCAUGUAUUUGCUAUCCCCCAUCAAGAUGCUGUGUGUUGCAGACAAAAAGGCAUCCGAUGCUGAAAAGGUCUAUAGGGAAUGCAACCAGGAAGGCCCAGUCCCCUUUUGCUAUUACACAGAAAAAUUGGAAUGCUGUCAGAAGAUUGGGGAAGGGGUGUUUGGUGAGGUGUUUGAAGUAACUGUUAACCACACGCUGGUAGCCCUGAAAAUCAUAGCUAUUGAAGGACCAUGUCUAGUGAAUGGGGCCCAUCAGAAAACUUUUGAGGAAAUUCUGCCAGAGAUCAUCAUCUCUAAGGAGUUGAGCCUGUUGUCUGAUGAGCUAGUCAACCGCACGGAAGGCUUUAUUGGGCUGAACUCAGUGCACUGCGUUCAAGGGUCCUACCCACCCUUGCUCCUUAGAGCCUGGGAUAAGUACAACUCAACCAAAGGGUCUGCAAAUGAUCGACCUGACUUUUUUGAGGUAGAUCAGCUCUUCAUUGUGCUGGAAUUUGAGUUUGGGGGAACAGACUUAGAGCAAAUGAAGUCAAAGUUAUCCUCCCUGGCCACUGCCAAGAGCAUUCUCCACCAGAUCACUGCAUCCCUCGCGGUGGCAGAGGCCUCACUGCACUUUGAACACCGAGACUUACACUGGGGGAAUGUGCUUUUGAAGAAAACCCCGCUGAAAGAACUCCACUACACCCUGAAUGGGGAGACGAGAUCAAUCCCCACUCAGGGGCUGCAGGUCAACAUCAUUGACUAUACCCUGUCACGCUUAGAGAGAGAUGGCAUUGUGAUUUUCUGUGACAUUUCCAAGGAUGAGGACCUAUUUACAGGGCAAGGUGACUACCAGUUUGAGAUCUAUAGACUAAUGAGGAAGGAGAACAACAACCGCUGGGGUGAGUAUCACCCGUAUAAUAAUGUACUCUGGCUGCAUUACCUCACAGACAAGAUUCUGAAAGAAAUGACCUACAAAACCAAGAGUAGUAGCUCUACUAUGAAGCAAAUGAAGAGGAAGAUCCAGCAUUUUCAUAGGACGAUGUUGAACUUCAGCUCUGCCACUGACCUGCUCUGCCAACACUGCCUGUUUCAAUAAGGAAGGGACCUACUGCCACAAACUGAAGAGCACACACCAUCCCAAAGCCCAGGUGCCCGCUUUCACUCUCCCCACAGCAGGAUGGAAUUCCCGUUCUUUUUGAACAAGAAUUUUGCUUCCCAGUGGAAACUGAGGUGUUUGGUAAGAUGUUUGAACCAACUGUUGACACAUUCUUAACAAGUCAACUAGUUACACAUUGGAAAAAAAAAUGGGUACAACAAAUGUGUACAACUUCUAAGCCUUCUUCCUGUUUGCCGAAUCCAGUCCACCAGUCUCUUUACACAUUUUCAGUUUUGAGCCUUGGCAUUUAUGUGAUGUUAACAAAAUUCACAAAAAUAAAGCCCAAGGCUUCAACUGUCAGAGUAGUUAGAGCCUGAAGCUGUAGGUAAUGAGAUCAAGGAGUCAAUAAAGAGCAAAGCAGAAGCCAAGGUAGAUUGUAGGGAAGAGAGGGAAGGAUGAUGGUAGACAGUUUACAGGGAGAAGUUGGAGAAAUGCCUUGUGUUUAUCAAGCUUAUUUGCCAAUCACAGAGAGAAGCAGAAUAUUCAAUUUCAA